UUCUUGUUGAAUUUUGGGCUCAUGGUUUGGUUCACGGCCAUGGGGCUAUCGUUGAUAUCUCCAGGUAUAAAAGGUUUUCUUUCCCAUCUGCCUGAUUUUGUUUGAAAAUUCAUCUGUUGAUGAAUUAUAUUGGAUUGAAGUUGCUUCUUGCAAAUUCUUUUCUACGUUCAACCUCUCUAAUUCAUACUCUGUAACAGUGAUGCAACUUCUGCGUUGAUCUUUCUACGCAGCCUUUUGGGUUUUGACCCAAUGAUCACCGCAUACUGCUCUGGGUAUUCAAACAUUCAAGUUUCAACCAUUCAAAUUACUCUUCUUUGGAGGAUAAAACAAAAAUCUACCUCCCUUGACCUUCCAGGAAUGAAAAAUUUUGCAGAUAUUUUCCUUAAAAUUCAUGAAAUAACUUUAACAAUACGACAGAAUCUGAGAUGUUUCAUGGAAGUCACAGAGAAAGAAUGUCUUGUUCCUCUUUUUAUUGUGUAACAAAUAUUCUAUGUAGGCAUAAAAAAAACCUGUAGAUCGCAACCUGAUGAAGAGUGAAUCAACGGUGGUUAAUGUGACAGACAAAGUGAAAAGUGAACUAACGGUAGUGAGUUAGACAACCAAAGACUCAAGGACAAAACAAGAUCCCUGUGCUGUUUGAUUUGCUCCUCUCAUUACUAAUCAGGACGUGUUGCCGCCGACUAUAAUUCCUGGAGGGAAGCACGAAACAGCAAGCGAAGCCAAGCAAGCAGCCCGUUCCGUACUUUUAAAAAAUGAAAAAGCAAACAGACCCCUAAAGAUACAGGUUGACACGUGUUCGGUUCACAGCUAAAGUGGGCCACACGCAUAGAAAUUAAGAAUUGCAUUUUGGGCUUAUCAACUUUGUAAUUGUUUGUCAGAUGUCUAUACCAACAAUUCAAAGCCUAACUCUCCAAGAAAAAGUGGAAAAAAGGCGCUUCCCAUGUAGCGACAAUUACAACUAGUAUGAUGCGAAUCUUCUUCGAUUUCAUGGUAUAAAAUGAAUAGAAACACCCCACCAAUUACAAGAAUCAAAACAAGUUUCAAAAGACUUCCAAUUUUCUAAAGCCAAAGAACAAUGGCUACCACUAGAUUGUUGCGUUCAUCUAACAAGCCUUUGGGUCGCAUUUUUGCUGCUUCUUCUUAUUGGCCCUCUUCGUCGGUGAAAACUGUGAGGUGUACAAGUAAGGUAGGGCUAGAUGGGGGGAAAAGAGCUUGUGGGGGUGAUGAGAGAAAACCAACGGUGGCUGUGAAGGCUUCUGUGGCAGCAGCGGAGAGUGGUGUGGUCAUAUCAAAGCCACAGGUUGACUGGGGAAGAGAGUUGGCAUCAUUGCUCGCAAAUGCUAUUAAUGUUAUGCGUCAGGUUUUGAGGCCGGUUGUGAAACCAAGACCUUCGAAAUUUCACGUUCAGAUGCUCAUUGAAAAGGUCAUAGUUGAUUGUCGAUUCUUUACCAUAUUUGCUGUUGCGGGAUCUUUGCUUGGAUCAAUACUGUGUUUCAUGGAGGGAGGCUUUCUUAUUCUGAAGUCAUAUUUGCAGUAUUUCUAUAGCUUAUCACAAAAGUCAGAUCAAGAACAUAUCAUCCACCUUCUGAUAGAAGCCAUAGAUAUGUUCUUGGUUGGAACCGGCAUGCUUAUUUUUGGGAUGGGGCUGUACAUCAUGUUUGUGGGAUCAAAGACUAUGAAAGGAGGUGCUCCCUCGCUUCCAAGGUCGAACUUGUUUGGGCUCUCCCAUUUGAAGACACUUCCGGCUUGGGUUGAAAUGAAAUCAGUUUCACAAGCAAAGUCAAAAAUCGGGCAUGCUGUGAUGAUGAUACUUCAAGUUGGUGUUUUGGAGAAAUUCAAGAGUAUACCUAUUGUUACUAGCUUCGAUCUUGCCUGCUUUGCUGGGGCUGUAUUGAUUUCCUCAGCUUGUAUAUUCCUUCUCUCGAGGCUUUCAGUUGGCAGUACCAUGGGAGAUAGGUAGUCGAAAACAUUUACAGGA